AUGUGUUCAGCAGAUGAAGACCGUUGCCGUCACUUGGAUUUUAAGGCAAAGGAGACCUUUGACGGGAAACGACUGGUAAAUCAUGUAAUUCGCAUAGCUGAAGUCACAGUCAAGAAGUUCUGUGAAGCAGAGUGCUUUAUGGAACCUUACUGCGUCAGCUUUAAUCUUGAUAAACGAACGGAUGGAAGUGAAAAGUACAAAUGUGAGCUGAAUGAUGCUUCUCAUGAGAGACACAAAGACGACUGGAAAGAAGAUGAAAAUUUUUUUCAUGUUGCUGCCGAGAAUGCUUGCCUUGAAAGUCCGUGCAAGAACAACGCCCCUUGUCAAAGCGGUUUUACUGACAAGGGUUAUCGAUGCUUGUGUCCUGCUGGAUUUAAGGGUCCGACUUGUGACGAAGAUGUGGACGAAUGUUCCGAGGGAAUAUACAAUUGCAGUGAUAAUGCUCUCUGCAGCAAUACCAUAGGAUCAUACGAGUGCCCUUGCAAAGCUGGAUUCGAUGGGGAGAAUUGCACAAAGAUGGCUUCGACUUGUCAAGAGGCGUUUGAGAGGAACACGUCAAUUUCAAGUGGAAUGGUAACAUUAUACCGUGACUCAAAAGCGUUUCUUGUUUAUUGUCACAUGGGAAAUUUUGGAUGUGGCGAUGGAGGGUGGACAACAGUAAUGAAGAUUGAUGGACACAAGAGAACAUUUCAUUAUGAUUCACCGUAUUGGAGCAACAAAGUUGAAUACAUGCCAUCUGGAGGAGAUACUGGGUUUGAUUCACAGGAGACCAAGUUAAUCACCUACUGGAACACAUCCUUCUCCAAGAUCUGUCUCGGUAUGAAUAUCAGCCAACAGAUCAACUUCAUUGUUAUUAACAAGCAGGCAGACUCUCUGUACUCAUUGAUCGCUGACGGGCAAUACCGCUCAACUUCAGUGGGUCGUGACACGUGGAAGACACUGGUUGGUUCACAGGCAUCUUUACAGCUCCACUGCAACAUGGAAGGGUUUAAUUCAUGGAGCCAGCUUGCAGCAUCAAAAACAAGAAUUGGCAUCUUGGGUAAUAAUGAACAUCAUUGUCAAUCCCCAGAUUCCAGGAUCGGUUUUGGUAUGGGGGGAGGUCCUGAUGACUCUAACACUUGUGGAAAUGAAGCUGCUGGACUAUGGAAGGCAGAUAACGGGAACCGUAAAAUCAAAGCAAUGGGAUAUAUUUUGGUGCAGUAAAAAACUAAAUUGAUUUGAGAAAA